AUGGCGAUUGCUAUAUAUUUUCUCUUGGCUAGCACGGCGAGCUUGGUGAAGGGAGUUAAUUUUAUGCCAUGCUACUUAUGCGAACCAAAACCAUUUUCCGAAGCCCUUGACGUGGCUUCAAUGCGACUUCUUUGGGAAGUGUACGAGUCAUCAGAUGACAAGAACGUGCUAAUUUCACCUCUUGGUGUGUUCACGCUACUGUCGCUCUACGUAUCUAAUGUUAAAGGCCAAGUCGCAGAUGAGAUCGUCGAUUUCCUUGCAGCUGCAAAUAAUACACAAGCAUCCAUGAAAACUAAGGGGAAAAUCAAUAAUAUAGUGUCUGAAGAUGAUAUAACGUACGAUCUAAUUGUUGCUCUAUAUAACGUUAUAUACUUCAAGGGCCACUGGGAUGUUCCGUUCAACGAAAAUUUCACCAGAGAGAAGUGUUUCUUAACAGACGACUUUCAACUUAUAAAGAAACCCAUGAUGAAUCUUCUACAAUCGAUGUAUUAUUACGAAGAUGAAGAAGCCGGUUUCAGGAUGAUACAACUGCCCUACAAAGAAUCUAAGCUUAAAAUGGUAGUCGUACUUCCUAGUCAUCUAGAUGGGCUAUCAAUGGUGUUGAGGCAGUUGUCGGCAACGGGACUAUUGCGUUAUGUUAAUCGAAUGAACCAUUCAGAAAUUGAAAUAAAUUUGGAUCUUCCUAGAUUUGAGAUAAAAUCCAAAUAUGAUCUUCAAAAUGUCCUCUCUAAGGUAGGAAUAUCCAGUAUCUUCCAUGAAUCAGUCUAUGGCAUAGUAAAUGAAUUUCCUGUGUCAGUGGACAAAGUUUUCCAAGAAGCUUUCAUAACAGUGGACGAAAAGGGCUCCACUGCUGGUCAAGUUACAGGUCUCCAUAUUGUGCCAUUUUCUGCGCUACCGCAUGCGAUCCCCUUCAAAGUGGACCGUCCAUUUUUAUUUGCGAUACUAUAUGAUGACAUAGUACUAUUUGCUGGGACUUUCUCUCAU